CUACAAUAUGCAAUACUAAAAUCUAGCUAGUGAUUAUUUUGUGCUAUACCGAUUGGCCCAUAAUGGUUGUUCAGAGUAGGCUGAUGGAGGCUUUACCCUAACGUUGGGUAAGGGGUCGCCCCACUACAGUAUAAAUGAACAUAUGGCCUGAUCACUCAGUUGUUUUGUUCCUUCACUCCAUGUUCAGUGGCCGUGGUGAUGACGAUGACGGGUGGGAUGGUGAUGGUGAGCACCAGAGUCACGUUUCGUAACCGAACCUGAGCUCAUUGCGUCUUGAUGUACCUGUUCGGGAUUACAGAUGAGGCUGAUGGCAAUGACGAAGGAAGUGAUGGGGAUGGAAAAGAUACGCCUAUCCGAUAUGGUAACGGCGCAAUGGGCUCCCCACAUAUUCCGGAUACAAAUUGCGGAUUAUAGGAUUGCCGCACCGGCUGCCGGCGGUAUAAUUGACACUCUUGCCCGGAGGUUGAAUAUAGCCAGGCCUGGCAUUGCGGAACUCCUGCACACCGAGCUGCACACGCAGAGGUGCUGGUUACCCUGCAGGCUCCUAGUGAAAACAAAGAACAACUUUACACGCCACUUGCUUUCCCACAAGUUUCUUUACAAGAAUGCCGCCUCCAGUGGACUCAGAACAGAGCAUGAGGCAGGCUCUAGACCGAUUCCGCGACCGGAUGGCCUCGGCAAACUGGACCUUCAUCCAGGAUCGCAUCCACGAGAUCGAAGCCCGGGGGCUGUUGACCGACAAACAGCGAAUGAGCAAGAUGGCCUCGUACUGCCGACAUUUUGAUGCGCUGGACUGGGACGAGGCGUCCGAGGAUGCCGAUCCCGAAACACGACAGAAAGAAAAUCGACUGCGCCAGACCCGGCGUCUGGAAGACAUCCCCGGAGUGUCGGACGCAUUUCCCUUUGCAAUGGAUGGCAUCCAUCCACCGCGACUGCGGACGGACAAAGCGCGCGAGCUGUUUUUGGAGACCCUGCAGGAGGUCUUCCAGCAGCAGGCAGAGGAGUGGGCCGCCGAGACUGGCGAGGAGGCGCCCGGGCCGAUUCCGAAAUGUCACGAGCUGGGGGUGUUUCUUAAAUACGCUCACGCGGUUGUGGAUCCAGACUUCCGCCGCGCCGGAAUCGCCCCGUUUGAGGCCGGGCUUGAGGUUUUGGGAGUCCAUGAGGCGGACUUGGCCGAGACACAGCCCGAGUGGUACUACGAGCUGGUCCAGGAAGAGUGCGCGCGCGUGCGGGAGAAUCUGGAGGAUGACGAGCUCUCGGAUCUGGUUAAUAAAUCCCUGAUUGCUCCCAAUCUUGAGGUCGACGAUCUGGAAGUAAAGGCCGGCGUGAUCACUGGCACCGGCUAUGUCGAUGAAUAUCCUCAGUGGUAUAGUACCUAUCUCUACUGCCGUCGUCGGGUGGAUGCAGAUGAGAACAAGGAUAAUAUCCCUGAUGCCCCAAAUAUCCAUGAUUGGGGGUGGCGGGUGGUCUUUCUCGACGCCGAGCCGGUGAGCUACCUUACUCCUCUAGUCCUGUACGGGCGCAAGCCGCGGUUUGACUCGAUCCCCGAGUUUUUAGAUUGGUACUGUACCUGGCCGGAUCACCUGGAUGCCCGGGGUAUACUGAGCCUUCGCCGUCAUGCGAAUAGAUGUGAAACCGAUUGCGAGUCAGACUGUGAAAUACACAACUUUGCACCGGCCCCUUUUCCUCCUGGUUAUGGUGAGAAGCAAUGUAUCUAGUUCUCGGAAAUAUCUUGUGGGAUGAUGUAGCUGUAAUGAUGUGCGAGAAUGCAUGACCGGGGAUUGGUAACCUGAUCAAUCGGUUCCACAAUUCGAUAUCCCUCUAAUCUUCAAGCUUCGUAAUCACUGCAUUGACAUACUCUGAUGGUUAACUAUGGCUUACUCAUCAUGGCUCAUGCACCCCUGCAUACGAUUGCGUAGGAGAUACACUAAGUGUACGUACGCACAGGAACAACCCCGGUCCCCCUGCCGAUGAUACUAUCUAAGAUACAUAGGUCUCCCUCAGCGUGUAUAAACCGCACAUACAGCACGCCAUCCUAUCCUACCCUACUCUAUCCCACCCCAUCUCAUUUAAUCGUCCACUCGUUCUUUCUCAAUCAUCACUAUGAAGUCCGUCACACUCGCAACCUUGGCUGCCUCUCUCGCCCUCAUCACCCCAGCCACUGCAACCUGCGACCCCAGCACCCUCAACACAACAACCUACUACUACCCCAUCACCGAAGCCAACACGACCGUCUUCGACGUCGCGCGCAUCACAAAGCGCGGCGUCUGCGAC